CUUCUGUAUUGUUUAUAAUCCGAUCAGAUGCCGAAUCUGAACAGUGUGCUGCUGCUACUAUCCACUGCAGUGCUACUGACAUUGCGGGCAGCGGCUCAAGACAAUGGCGACGUAUCCUAUCCAGAACGUUGUGACUCGCCCAUCUACUGCGAAGGACCAUUGCUAAGAAUAGUUCAGCUCGCUUCCCUCUAUCCCGACUCUAAAACAUUUGUCGAUAAGCCAACAUCUAGGCCGGUCGAUCAAGUGCUGGCAGCGUUUGAAGAACUGGGAGAGAACCCAUCCGACGACGCCAUUCGCAGCUUUGUCGACGAUAAUUUUUUGGAAGAAGGAACCGAGGUCAGGCCGGUCAAUUACACGAUCGACAACAAUAUUCCGUUACUGGGAAAAAUUGACGAUGAGAGCUACCGUGGCUGGGCCACGCAAGUCCAUCAGUACUGGGCAAAACUGACAUUUGAAUUUGAUACCUCCUUCCUCUGUGAGGGCUGUGCGACUAGUACACUUCCGGUCAAGCGCCCAUUCGUCGUACCUGGAGGACGAUUCAGAGAAUUCUACUACUGGGAUAGUUACUUUGUGAUCCGUGGCCUACUGCUCAGUGAACUACACGAUGUUGCCAAGGAUAUGCUUCUCAACUUUUUAGAUUACAUUGAAGAAUACGGCUUUAUUCCGAAUGGCGCGCGAAUUUACUAUCUGAACCGGUCGCAGCCUCCGUUCUUGGUAGAAAUGGUCAAAGCUUACUACAAUGCAACGGGCGACGACGAUUUUCUCAAGGAGGCACUGCCCACAUUGGACAAGGAAUACGAGUUUUGGAUGAAGAAUAAGAGUAUUCAUGUCGACGGUCACGUGCUGAACCACUACAACGUCAUUAACGAGGCACCGCGACCUGAGUCCUAUCGUGAGGACUACGAAACGGCGACGCUGGCCGACUUUUCCUCUCCAGAACACAUUCCUGCACUUUAUGCCGACCUCAGUACCGGUGCGGAAUCAGGCUAUGACUUUACGAGUCGUUGGACAAAGUCCAAGGUCAAUAAUCCGAACGAUCCACUUGAGAUCUUGCGCUCACUCAGCACACGCAACAUUGUGCCCAUUGACUUGAAUGCUCUGCUGUGGGGUAUGGAGUCGACGCUCGCUGAGUGGCAUACACAGUGUGACGGAGCCAGCAAGCGCAAGGCCAAGUAUUACAAACGUCAAGCUGCGAAACGACUUGAAGCGCUCGAACACAUCUUUUGGGACGAAGAAGAUGCUGCGUUUUAUGACUAUAAUGUGACGUCCAACGCGUUAGACAAGGACUUUACCCCAGCAUGUUUGUAUCCGUUCUGGCUCGGGGCUGUACCCUCCAAGAUCAAAAGGUCUCCAAAGACAUUGUCUCGUGUGUUUGACAAGACGCGUGAGUUGCUGGAAGAGUAUCCGGGUAUCUUGACAACUUCGGUCUACAAUACGACCCUUCAGUGGGAUUUGCCAAAUGGAUGGCCGCCACUGCAAUACAUUGCAAUGAAGGCUAUGCUUAACGUUGACUCCUGGUUAAAGCAGCCGGAUAAUGGCCUGGUUGGUUUGGCAUAUACUCUUGCGGAACGAUACAUUGCAUCGGCUUUCUGCUCGUGGUACAAGACUGGUGGCGCCGUCCCGGGUGUGCUACAGCAAUUAAGCAACCAAACAGACAACGGACAUAUGUUUGAAAAGUUCGAUGUCGAAGAAAUUGGAGAUGCUGGAGGAGGUGGCGAAUAUGUCGUUCAGGCAGGAUUUGGAUGGACAAACGGUAUUGCCCUCUGGGUUUUUGAUACGUUUACUGGUCUGGUUGCUCCUGAUUGCAUGGAUCCAACUGACCUUGUAUUUCCCGUUUAAUAUUGUAAUGCUAAUUGGUGUUUUUGCAAGUAAUAAGUGUGUACGAUAUACUAGAUACUAUGUAGUAGUAACAGUAGUUAACCAUAUUUUAAACAAUCAUCUAAAACAAAAAUGGCUGGCUUGUUCACAUCUUUUACGCCUAAAGGAAGAGAGGGGACGGGCUGUGCCUGACAUGCGUCACAUGUCAAGAGCAUUAUUGUUUAUAAACAUCCAUUAGUUUUGCUGAUCCCAUGGCAUGAUUUAGACACUGCAAAGGUUGAUACAUAGUUG